AUGGUACAAAAAGCACUGGUAGCCCAUAGUCAGAAGCUUGAAGAUGACUUUUGCAUCGACAUACCCAGAUAUCCAAAAACCCCAGGAGGCGGGGCGCCAAGAAAUAGGAAGACUGGCUUUAAAAGGUGCAAGUUCUUCAGCCUCACGGAAACCCCAGAGGACUACACCAUCAUCGUGGAUGAAGAGGGCUUCCUAGAGCUCCCUUCCUCGGAACACUUGAGCGUGGCCGAUGCGACAUGGCUUGCCCUCAACGUGGUGUCUGGUGGAGGUGGCUUCUCCGGCUCCCAGCCCAUCGGAGUGACCAAAAUUGCCAAGUCAGUAAUAGCACCCCUAGCUGACCAAAACAUCUCGGUGUUCAUGCUCUCCACCUAUCAGACGGACUUCAUCCUGGUACGUGAGCGAGACCUGCCCUUCGUGAUGCACACGCUGGCUGCUGAGUUCACCAUCCUCAGAGUAGUGAACGGGGAGACAGUGGCUGCUGAUGAUCUUGGGAUAACAAAUGGAUUUGUCAAACCAAAACUUGUUCAGAGGCCUGUCAUUCAUCCCCUUUCCAGUCCAAGUAAUAUGUUCUGCGUCACCAGCCUGGAUCCAGAUACCCUUCCCACUGUUGCUACGCUCCUAAUGGAUGUCAUGUUUUACUCCAAUGGAGUAAAAGACUCGGUGGUGGGCAACGAAGACUCGGGACAUAUUCGCUUUUUCUCCUUUUCUCUCAUUGAGGGUUACAUCUCCUUGGUCAUGGAUGUCCAGACACAGCAGAGAUUUCCUAAUAAUUUGUUGUUUACAAGUGCAUCUGGCGAACUCUGGAAGAUGGUGCGGAUUGGUGGGCAGCCUCUUGGCUUCGAUGAAUGUGGAAUUGUCGCUCAGAUUUCUGAGCCUUUGGCCGCAGCCGACAUCCCAGCCUACUACAUCAGUACUUUUAAGUUUGAUCACGCAUUGGUACCUGAAGAAAAUAUAAACGGUGUGGUCAAUGCACUCCAAGUCAGUCAAGCUGAAAAGCAUUAGAAAUCUUCUGAGCUGGUUCCAGAUGCUUUUUAUUAUUAUAAUUAUUAUUAUUAUUAUAAUUAUUAUUAUUAUUAUUAUUAUUCUUUUUUUCUCACAGUAUUUCUUGAAAAAUCUGAUUCCAGAGAGUGACAUGAAAAGAGACUGUGGAAAGUUGAGCAGAAACAGCUCCAAUAAGCCUUUGUUUUAAUUAUUAUUAUUAUUAUUAUUAUUGUUAUUUUAUUAAAUUUAUGAAUGAGGGGCAGGAGGAAAGGGAGUUCAGACGGUUUCCUGACGUUCAGCUCCAAGGCGAAGCGUAACCUGCCCGUGUUCUCGGUGUGGAAGGAGCUGCCCGGGGACACCCGUCUCUCCCCGCAGCGCGGCGGUGCGGAUGGCCGCAUGCGCGGGCGCUCUGCCGAGAGCUUCGCGGCACGUCUGGGAUGGGUGGGCCGCUUGCUCAGAGGGAGCCCUGAAAACCGUAAACAAAAUGAAAUGUGGAAUUAAACAGAAAAGACGUCGCAUAGUGCUGGCUUGUCUCCUCGCAUCAGACUUUCUGAGGACUGUCCAUCAUUGCGUAUGUUGAAAUAGGAUGGGAAUUGGGUUCUGUUUCCCCUGGCAAAACUGUUUGGCAUUGGAAAAGGGGAAAAUAUCCAGUUGUUUGAAUUUUCCCCUUCUCCCUGCAGCCAAAACCUGGCUGCUCCGAGAAAACCUGGGCAGGGGGAGCAUUGCUCUGGCCCACCUCCUGGCAGAUGGUGCCACCAAGACUUCCGUCUGCAUUGAAACUUGGCUGUUUUAGCUCAGUUUUCCCCAGACACCCUCCCACCGCCCCCAGCGUCCUCCCGCCAUGUCCCCUGCUCCAGGGCAGCUGCUGUCCCCUCGCCCUCACAUCAGAGCCAUACCCAAGCCCUUGUCCCCUAGGGCCAGCAAGAGGAGGGAGGUAUCUCUUCUCCUGUCCCCGUGGGCUUUCUCCCAUCCACUUCGUACACAUUCAUGGGGACAUGAAGCGUCGCCCGGGGUCCCUGGGUAGCUGCUCCUGCACGUCCCAGGCUACCUCGGCCAAGAGCCACAGCGGGUUGUCCCCACCAGGGCCAGGAAGGUGCCCACGCCCUGCUGGGACCCUCCUGCAAUUUUUUGGUCAGCUCCUUCAUCACCAGGGUGGAUCACCACUGCCAGCUGGGGACUUGACUCCCAGGGUUUUUCCAUUGGGUCCGGUGGGCAGCCCUUCAAAAGUAGAAGGGUGCUGAAAACGCAUAAAACCCGAGGCAUUUCCUGCUGGUCCUGUCGCAAGAAGAUGAUGUGGGCUUUUCCCGUGGGGCAGCAGGAGUGUGUUUGCUCCUGGCUUGAGCCAAAGCUGUGGGCCAGCAGGAGCCAGGCAUCGAGGCCCGUGGGGGCACCUGCCUCCGAAUCGUGUCCACGGCCACUCCCAGCACCGUGGAAGGCAGCGGUGACUGGUGCCGGGAGAGCAAGCGUCACCCAAGACGUAGGUACCAGCAGCCUGCACCAUGCUGUGACCGUGCAGCAAGGGGUGGUGGAAAGGAGAAGCCGUCUACAGAGGACUCUGCUUUUGCGGUUAGGAGCCCAAGGAUUUCUUGCAUUUCUAGACUUUUUCCAAUUUCAUUUUUGAUAUGAAGAAAUUGCAGGUCUCACAGUUGUAAUGAGGGCUUUCCAGCCUUGCUUAAGAGACAGACUCUAGCAUGGUUUUGCUGAGGCUGUGUCUUGCAGGUUUGAGCCAGGGUUUUGCAUUCAUCUGGAGGCAGUAAGCAAGCACCCGAGAUCAUGCCACGGGCAUGGUUUAUACUGGCGUGUAGGACAUGCAAACAGGUUUAUACUGGUCUGUAGGAUAUGCAAGCACACACGCUAGCUUACAGCUCGCUGUUUAGUUCUCUAUUCAUGGUGCUGGAGGGCUGAGCUUAACAUUUGUGGUUUCUGGUGCUGCUGGAUCCAGACAUUGAGUUUCAAAUCUUUCUGAUUUUUCGUCGGUGGGACGUUGUGUGGCAGCUAGACAGGGAAUCAGAGCAUCCACAGGAAAAAUCGUGGGUAACUUUUCCUUUGUAGGCCCUAACUGAGUUAAAGCAUCCCUGCUGAGAAACACUUAGGUACAUGUUUAAUACUUUACCGAACAGUAUGUUUUGCUGCUCCUUUACAUGGGUUUUCAGAAUUGCCCCAUGAUACAUUACAUUCACUCCAGAUUUCUGGAGUAAAGGCUUAUUGCAGGUGCGGCACCACGCGUCUCUGGAUGUUUGCUUGGAAGGAUGCUUUGGUCUCCUGCCGCGUGCCGUAAGGAUGCGAGCACAGGCUGUGCGGUGCAAUAUUUAAAAAAAAAAGCACUCGGAGAUGUUUUAUGGGAAUCUGCACAGCAUUGUUGGCAGUGAGCUGAGCUGAAGGAUGCGGCAGGGCGGUCGGUAGCUUUUCACCAGGUAAAUUGUUGAAGGGUUUCUCCUUGGGAUGGCGGAUUGGAGUGUUUGUAGAACUGUGCAGGAUUUUUCUGGAGAGGGAUACCAGCACGCUAGUUGGUGUACAGCUACUGAGUUGCCAGCCAGGCUUUCUGACUGGCCAAGUUGAGCCUGAGCUUUCCCUGUGUGCGUGGACGGUGUCACCGGGACAGGGUCUUCUUUGUGCUCCUGGGUUUUGUCAACCAUUGGAAAAUGAUUAUUUAGCCACUUUCCACAUCAGAGAGCAACGUGCGUUGCCCUCUGCGUGUGCUAGCGCUGCUUUCUAAGGACCGCGACAUGUACAGUAAGGAAUUACUUGAAACAAGCAUCAACUUUCUGAGCCUUAAGAGAAAGAGAAAAAAAUAGGUUUUAAUUUAUUUUUUUGUUUUAACUUUGCACUCAGGCUAUUUUAGAGGCUGAUUUUUUAAUUUAAGUUUUCCACUUUUUUCCCCGAGGGAGUUGGCCUUAAAUUUGUGAAAUCUGUAGAAAUUUUUGGGGUGUUUCAAAACUUCACGAAGCAGGUUGACGUCCCAAUAUGAGAAAGUUAGCCUGAAAAAUUCACAAGGUGUAAAAUGCCAUUGAGGGACUCUCUGUCUCUGCCAUCAUCCUCGGCUUCACCUUUUUAUUUCCUCUCUCAUGUUGUCCUGAGAACCAAGCAGAUUGUUUCAGACAACUCGCGGUAGUUUGAUGCUUUCCCUUUAGCGUUCCCCACACCGCUUUGCUGGGGGGAACUGGGAUACUCCGAAUUUAGCCAGAAUUGGUUGAACCUUGAACCAGAGCCCUCGGGAAGGGCAGUCCAGCGUGCGGUCGGGAUCAGUGCAAACUCGUGCAGUGGUGUUGCUUGUGAGACCUUCACUGGAUAAGGCGGGAAGGGGUCUGUAGGGGCUUUGUUAAAAAAAAAUUAAUAGUAAUAAUAAUAAUAUAACACCACAGUGCUUAAUGAGCCCAAAGCAGUGGCUUUUAAAGCUGCUCAACAGCUCCCGCUCUCCCGGCACCUGGCCUUUGGGAUGGGGAAAAAUUGAAGGGUCUUGUCUUUUUUUUUUAAAUGCCUUAU